AUGUCCUCUCUACCACCAGAGCUCGUACUUUGCGUCUUCAUUCACGGCUUCAAAGGCACGGACGGGACCUUCUGUGGGUUCCCAGAGCGCUUAAAACACGUCUUGAACGAGACGCUGCAGGGAACAAAAGUUGAAUGUGUCGUCUUCCCUUCUUAUGAGACACGAGGAGACCUAGCAGAAGCGACUGCAAGAUUUGUCUCCUGGCUUACCGAACUCACUGUGAACCUCGAGUCGUCACAUAACCUUCGGGCGGGGGGAGCCAAGGUCGUCCUCUGCGGGCACUCGAUGGGAGGGUUGCUAGCUGCGGACGCGUUGUUGGGCAUUGCAGGGGCAGAAUCAAAAGAUGCAGAUAGGCAAGGGAAGAUGAUAUGGCCACGCAUUGUCGCUUGUAUAGGAUAUGACACUCCCUACCUCGGUCUACACCCAAACGUCUUCAAGCACUCUAUGAACCAGAUGAACACGUAUAUCGAUGCUGCUAAGGCUGUCGCCUCUGAGUUUGGCUUGUUUGGCUUAGCGGCGUCGCCCGUCCCCACCUCCGCAACCGGUGCGUCCCCACAAGCCCAGGCACAGGCACAAGCAUCAGGACAAGUACAAAAACAUGCCCGAGCGCAAUCAGAAGGGCAAAGACCAGGAUCCAGAACAGAAAAAGAGAGGCUUCUCGCCCCUCCCCCCUACACCCCAACCCCCAAACCCCUCGACACCAGCUCGUGGACAAAACAGCUCUCCUCACUUUCCAUCUCCCCAACCUAUGUCGCUGCCGCUGCCGGAACUCUCUUGGCAGGUGCAGCGGCGGGUACGGCAUAUUACAAGCGGCAGGAUCUUGCCGGUGGUUGGCAGUGGGCAAGCGAGCAUCUGCAGUAUGUUGGGAACCUUUGGGACGAGAAAGGCCUAAAGAGACGACUGGAAUUAGUCAUCAGCACUGGAGUCGUAUUCCGCGACUUCUACACCCUCCUCCCCGCCUCCGCGCUCCACCCAACCGAGCGAACGUUCUCCAUCCUCCCACCUUCUUCAUCUCCCUCCCAUCCGCACUUCGUCCCCCAAACGAACAAGGUUGCAAAAGACGAGAUCGAAGCGCAUAUAGGCAUGUUUGAGCCGAAAAGUAACGACGGGUACUACGAGAUGGGCCUCGAGGUCGUGCGCGUCAUUGGGGAGGCCGUG